UGUGUCGCAGAGCUUUGUCCAGUCUGCUCUGUCCUGACUCACCAUUGUUCGCUCCUGCUGAGGAACAAGUCGGUCAGGAAGCCGAGCCUCAGCCAUGGCAUUUAAAGAUACCAGGAAGACUCCCGUGGAGCCCGAAGUGGCGAUUCACCGGAUUCGAAUCACGCUCAACAGCCACAAUGUGAAGUCGCUGGAGAAGGUUUGUGCGGACUUGAUCAGAGGCGCCAAGGAGAAGAAUCUGAAAGAGAAAGGACCGGUGCGCAUGCCUACCCAGACACUGAGAAUCACUACCAGAAAAACACCUUGUGGUGAAGGUUUCGAGACGUGGGGUCGUUUUCAGAUUAGAAUCCACAAGCGACUCAUUGACUUACACAGUCCUUCUGAGAUUGUUAAGCGGAUUACUUCCAUCAGUUUAUUGAGCCAGGAGUAG